GACAACACUCAGCUGGCUGCCGACGACGACGACAUCCGGAUUGCUACAGAGGCUACCUAAGCUGAAGCUCUCUCUCUUAUAACAUUGGCAUCUGCUUGCUGAUUGUGCUUGAAUCACAUAGAAGAAGAUCCCUAACUCACCCUGACUCAGCUGCCGAACGAGCAAGUUAGCGUCGCGCCAGUAACCGUUUGUCUUCUUUGCUGUCGGUUGCGUUGGGAAGAAAAAUGGUGACGGGAUGACCUUUUGAGGGAAAAAUACACGCAGUGAGGUUAUGUCGUCCCGCCGCGAGGGACAUAUCCGGGAGUUGUUCCGCCGCCGGAGUCAGCGCGAUUGGAAUCGGAUACGGCACAAUUUGGUGCGGCGCUCACGUAAGCAGCGCAGUGGAGAAGCACGUGGUGGCGGCGGUGGGGGUGAGCCGGCGGGACAUGAGGAUAAUGCACCGGGAACUGUGAAUGAUGCCUACGUCUCGGAUGUGCAGACGCAGGGUAACCACCCAAAAGUGACGGCCUUUGGACACCCGGAAGAUGAUCUGCAUUCGCAUUACGAAUCGGCAUCGGUAUUACGCGGCAGUGCCAACAAUGUACCGGCAUCAUUAUCCGGCGACCGGCUGGAAGAGACAUCCGCUGCCGGCAUUCCCGGCCGCAUCACUGACAGUGCGGCGGACAUGCGUGCCGGCUGGGAUGUGUUCCGCACGGUGCCCCAUGCCAUCGAGAACACUCAGCGCCAGGGAGCCUGCAUCGAGAUCUGCCUGCAGAUUGUUAAAUCGGUGGUCCAUGUCAUCACGUUCCUGCUGGUACUGAUCGCCGCGGUCAUCUCCAAGUCCACCGUAUUGCUCAUGGUCUCCCAAUUGGACGCCGGGAAACGGGUGCAAUCCUGUAAAAGAACUGGUACGAUAACCUUGCCGGUAACGGAAGCUGUCUAUUGGCGCUGGAUUCUGUUGUUCGCUUUCUGGGCGCCGCAGUUCUUCACAUUCUGCUCCUGUCUGCGGCACUUUUUCUUCAAGCGCAACCGGCGACCGCCUUUUGGUCUGUUUUGCAUUACGCUCCUGACGGAAACACUGCACACGGUCGGACUGGGAACGCUGUUCUUUCAAGUGCUGCCCGGAUUGGAUGCGGUCAAAGGCGCUAUGCUGACCAACUGUAUCUGUGUGGUGCCGGCAAUACUGCAGUUCUUCGCGCGAUCACGCGGCGAAAGCCGACGCUUGCUCAAGUUUAUACUGGAUCUUUUGGCAUUGACGGCUCAAAUUUCUGGUAUCGUCUUGUGGCCCCUUGCGCUUUCCGACGUCAAAGACUUUUGGUCCUGGCCCAUCGCUUUCGUCCUCACAUCCAUCCCGUGGUGGGAGAACUUCCUGUGCCGGACCGACUCCUCCUUCGAGUUCGUCCGCAACAUCGCCAAACGGAAGGAGAUCCUGCGGAAAUCCCGCUACGUUACCUACCUCGUCAUCUCCCUGUGGAAAGCCUUGGUCAUGCUGGGUACCAUGACGGCCUGGGCACACUACUCCAUCGGCGUGCCGGCGCUCUUCAACUUCACCGCCACCCCCUUCCGCCACCAGCCUAUCACCCUGCCGGUGACCUUUAACACUAGCGGCACCACCACGCCGGCGCCCUCUACCCAUCCGUCGAUCAUCCAGCAGUAUAUCUCCUUGUGGGUCCUGCUGGUGCAGGUUAUCGCCAGUUAUAUCUGCUAUCAGACCGCGAAGUUUGCCUGUAAAAUCGGGAUGCAGCGGUUCUCCUUUGCGUUUCCGUUAAGUUUGACAGUACCGGCGGUGGCGUCGCUGUUGAUUACCAUUUGUGGGAUGCGCGCCGGGAAUGGGUGUUUUCUGACCAAUGCUAUCCCGGAGUCGCUGUAUUGGACGUGCUUCCAUGGGGAUGUCAUUCAGGAUCUGUUCUUCCGCGAUCAGACGUGGGUGUGGAUUUUAUGGUUGUUCUCGCAGACCUGGAUUACGCUGCAUAUAUGGAUACCUAAAGCGGAGCGUCUGGCAAAAACCGACAGACUGUUUAUUAUUCCGAUGUACGAAGGCCUCCUUGUGGAUCAGUCACUGUCCCUAAAUCGGAGGAUGGACGAAGAUCCGGACGUCCAAGUCGAUGAGUUGGUCAAGCGGAUUGAAGAGAAGCCAGUGAUUGGCGACGAGAUGUACGAAACACCCGGUGUGGAUAAGCUGCGACCCGGUAUCGAUGAUCUCGGGAAGGGAUGCGACAGCGUGACCAAGAUCUUUGCCUGUGCAACAAUGUGGCACGAAACCACGGGAGAAAUGAUGCAGGUGCUCAAGUCUAUCAUGCGCAUGGAUGAAGAUCAGAGCGCGCGCCGCAAUGCACUGCAGUUUAUCAACGGACUGGAUCCUGACUAUUAUGAAUUCGAAGCGCACAUUAUCUUCGAUGACGCAUUCGAAGCGAUUCCGAACGACGCCCUGAACAGCGGCGAAACACGUGUAAUGAAUCGCUUCGUGCGACAACUCCUGGAGGUCAUCGAUAAAGCCGCUAGCGCCGUCCAUCAGUGUAACGUCUAUCUCCGCCCACCACGGAAAAUUCCCACACCCUAUGGCGGUCGCCUGGUGUGGACAAUGCCCGGGAAAAACACUCUGGUGGUGCAUCUGAAAGAUACGGCGAAGAUUCGUCAGCGAAAACGAUGGAGUCAAGUGAUGUGUUGGUACUAUUUACUGGGACACCGGCUGAUGGACCAGGAAAUGGAUGUGGCGCGCAAGGAUAUUAUUGCGGAAAACACGUAUAUUCUGACGUUGGACGGGGAUAUUGAUUUUAUGCCGCAUGCGGUGCAGUUACUAGUGGAUUUGAUGAAGAAGAAUCCGAAAGUGGGCGCGGCAUGUGGACGCAUCCAUCCUACCGGUGGAGGCCCGAUGGUGUGGUACCAGAAAUUCGAAUACGCGAUCGGCCAUUGGCUGCAAAAAGCCACCGAGCACAUGAUCGGUUGCGUCCUGUGUAGUCCUGGUUGCUUCAGUCUGUUCCGCGCUAAAGCCUUGAUGGACGAUAACGUUAUGCGCAAGUACACCACCCGCUCGGAGCGCGCCAUGGACUACGUACAAUUCGAUCAAGGCGAAGACCGUUGGCUGUGCACCCUCCUCCUGCAGCGCGGCUACCGCGUAGAAUACUGCGCCGCCGCCGACGCAUACACCCACGCUCCGGAAGGCUUUAACGAGUUCUUUAACCAACGCCGCCGAUGGAUCCCGUCAACACUAGCCAACAUUAUGGAUCUGCUACUGGAUUACCGGCACACCAUUAAAGCGAACGAUAACAUCUCCAUACUGUACAUUCUGUACCAGACCGCCAUGAUGAUCGGCACAGUACUCUCCGCCGGCACCAUCUUCCUAAUGAUUUGCGGUGCCAUGGUGGCGGCCUUCAAGAUCGACAACUGGACAUCCUUCAUGGCCAAUGCCACGCCCAUUGUGCUGUUUAUCGCGUGCUGCUUCAUCGGGAAUGUGAAAAUACAGCUGCUGUUCGCGAAGGUUCUAUCCGGUGCGUACGCCAUGCUGAUGAUGGCCGUGGCGGUGGGUACGGCCAUCCAGAUCAAAGACGACGGGAUUGCGUCACCCGGGACCAUCUUCAUGAUAGCAUUGGUGGGAACAUUCUUCCUCGCGGCGUGUCUGCAUCCACAAGAGUUCCUGUGUAUCGUGCAUGGAUUGGAGUACUUCUUAGCGAUACCGGCCAUGUAUUUAUUGCUAAUGAUCUAUUCUCUAACGAAUUUAAAUAUCGUGACGUGGGGAACGCGUGAAGUGCUGAACGGAGAAAGCGACGCCGUAACUAACGAUAAACCCCAGAAAACCAAUCUCAUCUUUAACUGGUGGCGGAAGAAACAGAAUCCCGGUCAGGUUCCCGAACAAGAAGACGGCAACGUGGUUUUCGGCUGUGGGAACCUGUGCAAGUUUAUGUUCUGUAUGCAUCAGAAGCCGGAAUCCGAGAAGACCCAGGUGCUCUGUCAAGGCAUCGAGGAACUCAAGAUGAAGAUGGAGCAGAUCGAUCGGCGAUUACGAGUGGAGAUGGAACCACAUUUUAUCCCGGACUAUCGCAAUCUCAACACCAUGGAACGGAAUCUUCGUAUGAACUUCCCGCGUAAUCAACCACCGGUCCCUAUGAAUAACGGCAACCCACUGCAUCCUUCAUGGUUGGACGAACGGUCAUUGCGAUUGGCGGAUUGUGAUUAUCUGACCGCCAAUGAGACGCUGUUCUGGAAAGACCUGAUAAUCCGAUAUCUGCAUCCAUUGGAUUAUGAUGGAGAGCAGCGCGUCCGUGUGUCCAGAGAACUUAAAGCCUUAAGAAAUAAAGUUGCGCUGGGAUUCUUCAUGAUUAAUUCCCUGUUCGUGCUGAUUGUGUUCCUGCUGCAGUUGCGCAAGGACGAACUGCAUAUCGUGUGGCCGAUCGGAUUCCGACAGAACCAGACAUGGGUUAAUUGUACGAGUGUCUUCGGAAUGGCAAAGGGCAUGGCGGAUCCGGCUAUGUAUGGGUUAUUAGCCAGUUUAACGAAGAACCUAUCAGCGCUACCAGUUCCGGUGGAAACUACACUGUGUCCGAAAACCGAGCUGGUUUAUCUCAAACUCGAACCGAUUGGUGUGGUCUUCGUAUUUUUCUUCUUACUGAUCUUGGUAAUACAGUUCAUUGCCAUGUUGUUCCAUCGUUUCGGUACCAUUUCACAUAUUCUAGCGUCCACAGAAUUAUUCUGCUGUCGGCCAAAUAUCAAAGAUAUUUCCGAUGAUGAGUUUAUCGAGAAGAACGCGGUGGAAAUUGCGCGCGCUCUACAAGCAUUGCGUGGUAUCGAUGAGGAUGAACUGAUGAGUAUGGAAAGCGGAGAAUUAACCGGCUCCUCGGAAGAGGGCGAUCCCAGUGUGCGCAACCGUAACCGGCAUAUGAUCCAACAUCUAGAAAACCACCGAAAGACCCGUGCCAAAACCCGGACCUUGGACGUGGCGUUCCGUAAGCGCUUCCAGGCGCUCCAGCAAAGUAAAAACGAAGACGUCUCCGACUCCAACAGUCAGGGUUCCGGAGAACCCGGGGAGGAACGACGGCGCCCGGCGCGCGUCAAGUCCUUCUCGUCACCGUUCACGCCGGUGUUGGGGCUAAAGAAGAAAUUCAGCAGUCGGAAUAAGAAGAAAGGGAUGCGGACUCUGGGUGCUAAGGAUGGACCGCAGCCCGCCAAUACUCAGCAGCCGACGGUGAUAAUGGUCGAUGGAUCGUCGGUGAGUUCCUCCGGACAGCAGCGCAAUGUACGGAGUACUCCGUCCGGACGACCGGCUCUUCAGGGAUUGUUUAAUGAGCCGAGUGGGGUGAAUAAUGCGGGGUUUGAUGAUGAGGAGAAUGAAGCCGGGAGCAGAUAGGAAAGGGUGUGAUCGUGUUCAUGGUGGAGCUUAUUAGCCUUCGAUAGUUCUUUUGUAUAAAUUUUAACGGUUGGUUUUAAUAGAAUGUUUAGAGAUUGAUAAAUGCAAGUCUCAUAAAACGAUUUGUGCUGGACAACACAGAAAAAC